AGAAACCAGCCGCACCAGGAUCCACUCCAAGUCCAUGAAAGCAGAGAUGGACCAAGAGGAAGAAGGGAAAGUCGCCCCCAAAGCUCUGCAACCUGAAGGGAUUAGCCUCCACCGAGCGACGGAGCUCAUCAAUCUCUUGAUAUCCUGCUCCUACUCCGUCAGAUCCUUCCCCGCAAAGUGGCAGCUGAUCCGGGACAAGCUAGAACAAAUACACUCUUCCUUGGCCGCUGCAGCAGAGGGCGACAACUCUGCAACAAAUUCUGAUCUCGUCGGAUUACUACAAGCUAUAAAAUCGACUGCGAGUGAGACACAGGUGCUGGCCAAUAGGUGUAACGAUGAGUCCUACGGUGGUGGCAAGCUCCACCUGCGGAGUGAUCUUGAUGUGAUAGCAUCCAAGCUUCACCUCCUCAUGAGGCGCCUGGAAGAGAUCUACGCAUCCGGGAUUCUGACGUCUUCACAAGCCAUCGUCGUCUCGAGGCCAGGAGUUGGUGCGAGCUGGGAGGACAUGCGGUUCUACGUGAAGGAUCUCAUCUCGAGGUUAAAGAUUGGCGAUUCGGAGAUGAGGCUUCGGGCCUUGAGCGCCCUUAAGCAGGUGCUUUGCGACGACGACAAGUACGUGAGGAUUUUGGUCGCCAAAGUAGCCCAAGGUGUUGCUCUACUAGUGAGCUUUCUCGAAUCCCAGAGCGAAGGCGUUCAAGAGGAGGCAGCAUAGGCGAUCUCAGUCAUCUCUGGUUUUGAUUCACACAAGGGAGCUCUUGUGAUGGCUGGAGCUGUCGCGCCAUUAAUUCGGACACUGGAGAUGGGAAGUGAAUUGGCGAAGGAGAGAGCAGCUGGAGCUCUCAAGAAAUUGACGGAGAAUUCAGACAAUGCAUGGUCGGUUUCAGCUCAAGGAGGUGUCUCUACGCUUCUCAAAAUCUGUGGUGAUGCCAGCAGCAGCGGGGAGUUGAUUCGGUCAGCUUGUGGCGUGCUGAAGAGCCUCAGCGGCGUCGAAGAGAUCAGAAGGUUCAUGGUGGAAGAAGGGGCAGUCUCCAUCUUUGUGGAGCUCUCCAGAUCAAAGGAAGAAGCUUCACAAAUCCAAGCCAUCGAAUUCUUGACUAUACUGGCCUGCGAGGACGCUGCCAUCAAGCAGAAGGUGAUGGUAGAAGGCGUGCUUGGGUCACUGGUUCCCCAUUCCUCCAAGGCCAAAGAGGUCGCGCUCAGGGCCAUCGAGAACCUAUGCUUUUCAUCUCCAAGUUCCAUGAACUACUUGAUGAGCUCCGGCUUCCUCGACUGUGUUCUUUACUUAUUAAGGAGCGGCGAAAUCUCGAUUCAGGAGUCUGCGCUUAAAGCCGUCGCUCGCCUCUCUGGGUUAUCCGAAGCGAUCAAGAAGGCGAUGGGAGACGCUGGCUUCAUCCCUGAGCUCGUGAAAUUACUGGAGGCCAGAUCUUUCCAGGUCCGGGAGAUGGCUGCUGAGACGCUAUCCGGGAUGAUAUCGAUCCAAAGAAACCGGAGGCGAUUCGUUCGAGAAGAUGAAAACGUGGACCGGAUCCUGCAGCUGCUCGAUCCCGAAGAGAAGUCGGUGACAAAGAAGUUCUUGCUCACUGUUCUCGUGUCCUUGACCGAUGGCACGAGUGUGCGGAGGAAGAUGAUGGCUUCUGGGUACUCGAAACACUUGGAGAAACUCGCAGAGACGGAGGCAGCCGAUGCUAAGAAGAUCAUCAAAAAGCUGUCUACCAGCAGAUUUCGGAGUAUGUUUACCGGAAUCUGGAGCUCGUAGACGUCAACGACUGGCUGACCACCCAUCUCUGAAGUAAAGACACUCAUCUUUACUUUCGUCUCCUAGCUACUAUGGAAGAAAGGUAACGGCGUACAAGAGUCCCAAAAGUGCAAGCAA